GUUCCUAAAGAAAAGAGAUUGUUGCCCAUCGCCAAAGUGGUUGAAAUUUCAGAGGAGCAGGAAAAGAGGGGAGCCUCGGGGACCAGCAUCAACGGCCAGCAGGGUGACAACAUACAGAUGGUGGACAACCGAGUCCAGGUGCUGAAGUCUGUCCCAGUCAACCUGUCCCUCAACACUGACCACCUGGACAAGAGAGUCAACMUGUCCCUCAACACUGACCACCUGGACAAGAGGGAGGAGUACGGGUCGGGGACGGGUGACGGACCUGGGGCUAUUGCCUUGGUGAAGGCAGAGAUGUAUGCCCCGGUGUUCAUGGGCCCUGGGGUCGGGACGGGGGUGCACUACCGAGUGGAGGGCGAGGAGCAGGGGUCAAGGGUCGUCUAUGAACAGAUGAGUCCGUAUGUGUCCGAUGUGUCAACAGUUAGUCACGGAGGAUACGUUAAGGAGGACCAGCGCAGCACGCCUGAUGACAGCCCGUAUGAAGAGGAGAGCGAUGUGGCAGGGGAUAACUUUCAGUACAAGCUGGAAAAGCAGCCAGGUCAGCUGCGUGUGAAGCAGGGGGGGAGGGGCCCAUGA